AUGGCGUCAAUGGCCGGGGAGGGGGGGAACCAGGAAGAGAAGGUACAGUGCUUUGGGCGUGUGAGGCGCUGGAAGGGUGUGAGGGAUGGUGCUCAUUAAAGAGUUUCGGGUGGUACUACCUUGCUCCGUAGAAGAGUAUCAAGUGGGACAAUUAUUUUCCGUGGCUGAGGCUAGUAAGAACAACACUGGUGGUGGUGAAGGAAUCGAGGUGCUGAAAAAUGAACCCUACCAACAUGAGGGGGAGCAGGGGCAGUACACCCAUAAGAUCUACCACCUUCAGAGCAAAGUUCCAGGAUUCAUCAAGAUGUUUGCCCCAGAGGGGUCCCUUGUUGUCCACGAAAGAGCCUGGAAUGCCUAUCCUUACUGUCGGACGGUUAUUACGAACGAGUACAUGAAGGAUGAUUUCUUUGUCAAAAUUGAAACAUGGCACAAACCGGAUUUAGGUGAACAAGAAAAUGUCCAUGGGCUGGAUGCAGAUACUUGGAAAGAUGUGGAAAUUGUUCACAUAGACAUUGGUGAUCGGACACAAGUAUCAGAUGAAGAUUACAAACCAGAUGAAGAUCCAGCUCUUUUCAAAUCUCUGAAGACCGAUAGAGGUCCCCUCGGCCCUGACUGGAAGCGGGAACUAGCCAAUAAUGAAAAUUGCCCCCACAUGUGUGCCUACAAACUUGUGACUGUGAAGUUCCGCUGGUGGGGCCUUCAGGGAAGGGUGGAAAAGUUUAUCCAAAAGCAAGAAAGACGCCUCUUUACCAACUUCCAUAGGCAGCUGUUUUGCUGGUUGGAUAAGUGGGUGGAUUUAAGCAUGGCUGACAUCCGGCGGAUGGAGGACGAGACGCAGAAAGAGCUUGAUGAGAUCCGCCAGAAGGGCACAGUGAGAGGCAUGACUGUCGGGGAUGAAUGAGUGCCCCCUACUGCCAAGGGGAAGAAAUGACAAGAUGCAGUGCCCAUUCUGACCUGAGAUUGGACCUAUCCUUGUGGGACUUCACCUUCUCCCUUUUCCUCUCAUCACCUAGGAAGGGAGAGAUGAGUUCUUUCCUUCAUUCCAUCUACUUGGUCCUAAGAUAUUCCAAGCUGUCCCUGAUUUUACCAACCUGGGAAGCCCCAAGAAACUGCUAUUACUUUCUGAUCAUGGAUUAAUAGGUGUUCUUACCACAUGAAUGGGAUAUCAAAGGGGCCAAGGGCCUUUCAGGGUGUGGGGGCAUUUCCUUUUUCACACUGCAGAGUCAGCAAUGCAUGAAUAUUAAUAACAUUAAUCUGAAUAUUCUUUAGAAUCAUACUUCAGUGGGUGGGUGGGGAAUUUAUAGGAACUGGGAAAAUAAAAAAAAGGGUUUGAAUUGGAAGAGGGGAAAUUUAAAGUUAGGAAUAUAGUUAGUUUCUCUUUCACAGUGGAGAGUUUUAAGCUGCCUGUGAAAACUAUUUCUCCCUUUUUGAAACUACAUUCAACUUCCAAAGGUGUGGGAGGAAAAUAAAGUUUCUGCUCCAGGAAUUUUCUUAUGCAUGCUACAUGUUGGAGUCAAACAUGUCACUAGGCAGGGCCAG